UAAAUUUGAGAUGGAUGAUAACAAAGACACGGGAAUGGCUCAAACAAGUGGCGCUACAUUGCGGCGGCCGGUUCAAAUAGUGAAGAAACGCUCUGGCCCACUGGACGAUGCCCUUAAUGAGCUACACCUUGGGAUCAGCGAUAAGCAAUCAACCCCUGAUUUGGCGACGAGGACGGCAACGCCGAUUUUCGCAACUUGGCAAGUAACGCCAACAGAUGCUGCUGUGAAACUACCAACAUUCGCAGUAAGCGCUCCAUCACCCCAGGCUGUUCGCCGGCGUCCCACAAUCAAAGAGAAGGAGAAAAAACGAGAACGAUGGUUGCUUACAAGGAAAACGUGGAAAUAUAUGACUGACGCUGGUCGUAAACUGAUUCCAGAUGGGGCUCAAAACCGCAAAGAAGAUAUACUAAAGAUCGAAACACAUUUCCAACAAGUUUGCGCCAAUGAAUCUCGUUUUAUAUUAUGGCGUCGCAAAUCGUCUUAUCCUGGGGCUGUGCGUAACUCAAAACGGCGCCUAAAACACUUGCUGCAACAUACUGGACAAAAGGAGCCGCCUACAAUUGAUGCUUUGGAACAGCUAGAGGCUAACAACGCUGACCAAAUAAUUGACAUCUUACAAUCCUAUUUAAAACUUGGUGAUGCAUAUAAAACAACCACGUUACUUAGUUCUAAGACGGUUCGUCCUGAUCAGACAGCUUCACCAAGCGCACGUCGCCCAGGUAAAUCCGGGAAUUCCUUCACAAGCACUGGAAAUAACACUUCGAUGGGACCUGUUUUUUUGAGUCCCCAGCUUCCUAAAAGCCUUCAACAGCUAAAUGAAAUAGACCAACUAUUGGAGCGAUUACGAAUGCUAUCCCGCAGUGUAACAACAAAUAUAUUUACAAUACCACCUGAAAAUAUUACGCCAGCGAUUCUCGAGGAUAAGGCUUUAUUAAAACAAGUGUACAAUUCUCUUAAAAAGCAACAAUUGCAUCGUGUUUUGAGUAAACAUUCCACCCCGCCGUUGAAGAAUCCACGAUCGAAACUUAAGCAUUCAUCAUCACUGUCUAGUCUAACGCACUUUGGUUCUGGAGCCGGCGCUGCCACUAGGUUAGGAGAUGGUGGAAAGGAUCCAGACGUUUAUGAAGUAGCUCGAGGCAAAGAUCAAAGCACUUCGAGUGUAGAACCUACUACACCAACAAUAAUAACAACUGGGACCACUCCCAAAAAACACCUACGCACUGCUAGUAAGUACGUCAGUAGCGUUAUUGUAUCACCCACGCCGGCGCCUCGUCAACGGAAGCCGCCAAGUACGCUCGAUCUACCAGGUUUAUGCAGCGCCAACAAAAAUAGCGCACCGCCACGCCGUGCUAAAGAGCAUCCAAUUGAAAAGCAUUUUAAUUCGUGUGGUACUCAGACGAAUUUCGUACCAUUGCAGGAAAUAAAACGCCUUGCUGAGGAAUAUAAAGAGCAAAAACGGGAGGAGGCAGCAUUAAGUACUUCGACGAUUGGUACUCCUGGUGCAACCGAUGACGAAGCGGAAAAAGGUUUUUCGACGGCUUCUGCAGGAGGUCAACAUCAUCGUCGCAAGAGCUCCAUAGAUAACGAAGAUGUUUCGCAGUCUGUCAGUGAUACAAUAAAGAGGUACUUACGUAUGGCUAGAAAGAAAAGUGUGCAUGAUGACAAUGCUAAUCGUUUUAAACGUGUUAACUAUGAUCGAAAUUUGAGAAAUAUAAAAGCCAAAGGUGAAAUCAAUCCUCCUGGCAUGGAUGAAGGUAAUUCAAAAGCUGUGCAAACAUUGGAUGCCUGGCCGGUGAUAUCUUUGGAUUUUAUACGUGGCAAUGAAAGUUCAAGCGUUUUAGAGGCUGCACAUAUCGAGUGGCAGAAAGCUUUGGAUGAUCGGAUAAAAAAGAGACUUGAAUAUGAACAAAGGUUAAGUUGUCAGAAUGGUGCAAGUUAUGUGGGUGUGAGUACUUCCGAAGCCAGAGAUGUAAAACCAACCGCCUCGAGUUGCAACUCUUCUUCGGCACCAACCUCUCCUAUAUCCAACGAAAAGUUUGAAUCUGUGCCAGCAACCAGUAGUUUUGGUAGCGGAGUCGGCGGCCUUCGAUUGGCCGGAUCACAGUUUUUAUCGAAUUUAUGGCACGGUGCAUCAUCAAAUGUCCACGAAGAUGGCACUAGGAACAAUAAUGCAGGUAGGCAUUGUUCUCAGAGCCAUCCUGGUACCAGCUUGUUGAAAUUUCAUCGAGGCGGAAAGGGCGAUCACAACCCAGGACAUAAUGAUU